AACAGCGAUGUCGCCUCUGGAACAUCGCUGUUCAGGUUAAAUUUUUCAAAAAAUAAUUUGUUGGCAACUCCAUUAAAUGCUCCAACUGCCACUUUUUUCAAAUUUUUGAACGUUGGAGACCAAAUCCUAUAUAUAUUUGGCCUCCUACUCACCUUUUUCUCACAUCUAAACACAAUCUCCUUCAUUCCCCUCGCUUAAUUCAUCUUCUCUGAUCUACAACUUUUUCUUGAGAAUUCUUCAUCACCAUGGGCAAAGACAAGAGCAGGGCAUGAACUUCCGGGAAAUCCAUGUCCAAAUCCCAGGCUCCUUCGACGACCUCCGAGGAACGCCUCUACUACGGCGACGGGUCGUAUCUCUUGUUCGACUCCGAGGAGGAGCGCACCCGAUUUCUCACCUUCUUCUCUAAGCGGCUUCACCAAACCGGCCUAUGGCCGUUCGUCUCCCGGGCUCAGAAUGUGAUCAACCUGGCGCUGUCUCGCGUGUUCUACUCCAACCUCCGGCGUGAGGACGACGUGCUCUACUCCCUUGUCAAGAGCACGCCGAUCGAGCUCAACGUUGAGCAGCUUGGGCGGAUCGCCGGCCUUCCCUACAAAGGCGAUGACAUCUCCACUUAUGCUGGAGAAGACUGGGUCCUCAACAACGAAGGCCUUGUCCUCGACGAGCUUGGCAUCACCGAGCUCAUCCGCCAUCACAUGGGCCGCCCCACCAUCCACUCCGCGACCCCCGAGAGCCGUCUCUUCCUCUACAUCGUGUCCCGGAUCAUCAAGCCCCGGAAGCAUGGGCACACGAUCAUGUCCGGUGAGGACCUCAUGCACUCGGCGCCAAUUAAUUGGGCGAAGUUUGUCAUGAUCUACAUGACGAUCGCCGCAUCCACCGACCACGAUCACCUCCUCCCGUAUCCCUUCUUUGUGAUGGACAUCCUUGAACGGUUCAAGGUCACCACCACCGUUGGCCCGCUCACGAAGGCCAUGAAGCUUUGGACGAUCAGCGCCCAAACCUUCACCAAGCGGUCGGACAACGCUGCGCUUGCCACUGCCGUGCCACGCCGCAUUGCUGCUGGCCCAGCCGAACCCCAGGCCCGGGCCAACCUAGCCUCCAUCGCCGACUCCCUCAACCAGCUGCACUUCAAAGUCGACGGGAUGGACGGGUACCUUGAACGGCUCGACUAGGCUGUUCAACGCUAAGGGCACGCCAUGAACGCGUACUUCCAACGAGUGAACUACGUCCCCCCACCGUACGAAGGCACGUUCCUU